AAAAAACACUAUUGCGAAAUAUGUUUAAGUUAAGGCAAAUUUUACGUCAGGCAUUCUCAGAAGUUGGUACUUUUUAGCCAGCACCCAGCACAAUUGGGCUUUUGCUUAAUUAAAUUAAAUUAAGAAUAAAAAGAAUUCUUGGCGUUUUAGCUUUAAAAAAUGCUUCGGUUGUUAAAUUCAAAACCACAGACAUUUCUCAACCAAAUUCGCAAUACAAAAGUAGUGGCAAGAGAUGCUUCUCAAAAGGUUGCAAUCAGUAAGUUUGAUCCAAAUAUUUACCUGCCUUAUGAAAAGCUUAAUAACAAUCUUAAAAUAGUAAAAGACAGAUUAAAGCGACCACUUACUACAGCUGAAAAAGUUCUUUACAGUCACUUAGAUGACCCUAAAAAUCAAGAUAUUAAACGUGGAGUAUCUUACUUAAAAUUACGCCCUGAUCGUGUUGCUAUGCAGGAUGCUACUGCACAAAUGGCAAUGCUCCAGUUUAUUUCAAGUGGUUUACCAAAAGUAGCAGUACCAUCUACUAUUCAUUGUGAUCAUCUGAUUGAAGCACAACUAGGAGGAGACAAGGAUUUGGCACGAGCAAAGGACAUCAAUAAAGAAGUAUAUGAUUUUCUUUCAUCUGCAAGUAAAAAGUAUGGUGUUGGCUUCUGGAAACCUGGAUCAGGAAUCAUUCAUCAAAUUAUUCUUGAAAACUAUGCUUUCCCUGGUAUACUGCUGAUUGGUACAGAUAGCCAUACAGUUAAUGGUGGAGGACUGGGUGGUGUAACUAUUGGUGUAGGUGGUGCUGAUGCAGUAGAUGUGAUGGCUGGAAUACCUUGGGAAUUAAAAUGCCCUAAAAUAAUUGGUGUAAAAUUAACAGGAAAACUUGGUGGUUGGACUUCUCCUAAAGAUGUUAUUUUAAAAGUAGCUGAUAUACUUACUGUUAAAGGAGGAACAGGAGCUAUUAUUGAGUACUAUGGUCCUGGUGUCAACUCUAUAUCAUGCACUGGUAUGGGAACUAUUUGUAACAUGGGUGCAGAAAUAGGAGCAACAACUUCUAUUUUUCCAUUCAAUGAAAGAAUGACCCGUUACUUAAAUGCUACUGGUCGUAAAGAUAUAGCUUUGCUUGCAGAGCAAUAUAAAAGUUUGUUAGAAGCUGAUAAUGGAGCUGAAUAUGAUCAACAAUUUGAAAUUGAUUUAUCAACAUUAGAGCCCCUUGUCAAUGGACCAUUUACACCAGAUCUAGCUCAUCCUAUCUCCAAGCUUGGCCAGAAUGCUAAAAGUAAUGGUUGGCCUACAGAAGUUAAAGUUGGUUUAAUUGGAAGCUGCACAAACAGUAGCUAUGAAGAUAUGGGAAGGUCUGCAAGUAUUGCCAAACAAGCUCUUAGUCACGGAGUCAAAGCUAAAUCAAUAUUUACGAUUACUCCUGGAUCUGAACAAAUUCGUGCUACAAUAGAACGUGAUGGAAUAGCACAAACAUUAAGAGAUUUAGGUGGUAUAGUUUUAGCAAAUGCUUGUGGUCCUUGCAUUGGUCAAUGGGACAGAAAAGAUGUUCCAAAAGGUUCUAAAAACACUAUCGUGUCAUCUUACAAUCGAAAUUUCACAGGAAGAAAUGAUGCUAACAACAACACACAUGCAUUUGUUACAUCACCAGAAUUAGUUACAGCAUUAGCGAUUGCAGGAGAUUUAACUUUUAAUCCAAUUACUGAUGAGCUUACAGGUUCAGAUGGGAAAAAGUUUAAAUUAAAAAGUCCUUUUGGAGAAGAGUUACCUGCAAAAGGCUUUGAUCCAGGUCAGGAUACAUAUCAAUCUCCUCCAAAUGAUGGUUCAAAACUCACAGUUGUUGUUGAUCCAAAAAGUGAUAGGUUGCAACUUUUAGCACCAUUUGAGCCAUUUGAUGGAAAAGACUUAAUUGAUGUCCCUAUUUUAAUUAAGGCUAAAGGAAAGUGCACAACUGAUCAUAUUAGUAUGGCUGGACCAUGGUUAAAAUACAGAGGACAUCUAGACAAUAUUUCAAACAACAUGCUUAUUGGAGCAAUAAAUGAAGAAAAUGGUGAAGCAAAUAAAGUCAAAAAUCAGUUGACUGGAAAAUAUGGUACUGUACCAGAUACUGCAAGAAGCUAUAAGGCUGCAGGUGUAAGUUGGGUUGUUAUUGGAGAUGAAAACUAUGGAGAGGGCAGCAGUAGAGAGCAUGCUGCCCUUGAACCAAGACAUUUGGGUGGAAAAGCAAUUAUUGUUAAAAGUUUUGCUCGUAUUCAUGAAACUAAUCUAAAGAAACAAGGUAUGCUUCCAUUGACGUUUGAAAAUAGCUCAGAUUAUGCAAAAAUAAAACCAAGCGACAGAAUAUCACUUAUUGAUUUAGCCGCUAUUGCACCAGGAAAACCAAUUAAAUGCGUGGUGAAACACUCUGAUGGUUCUCGUGAAACAAUCAAUCUUCUCCAUACAAUGAACCUUGGACAAAUUGAAUGGUUUAAAGCUGGAAGUGCUCUUAAUAAAAUGGCAAACGAUGCAAAAUAAAUUUUUUAUUCUA